AUGUUGUGCGACAUCCAACCCAGCCCAACCCACCAUCGUCACCACAGCAUCCUCCGCAGCUUCCGGAGUCAUAAGAACCUCAGAAGCCGCAAGGGCAGCGCGGCAGACUCUCUCAGCAGCCAAGAAGACAUGCACCACCACCACAGGCACGUCCCGAGCGACGCUAGCUCGCAGGGUCGGCCCUCGCUCGACUCAACGAGCUCCCGCAGGACCGACCUCUCUAUCGACUGGGACCCCCUCCGGCUGCACCCCUCUCUUACAUCGGGCCCGUCUCCACCGCUCCAAGAUGCUUUCAGCGAGAGCACCUCUAGGCCGUACCAGCCGCAUGAGCUACGACACGCCCGUUCCAGCCAGGCCCACCGUCGGCCAUCAACCUCCCACUAUCAACCUUCCCAAAGCACCGUUAUCUACGGCGGUUUCGAUUUUGGUUUCAACAAUGACCCAACCCCGGUCAUGAGCAAAGCCACCGCCUUUGCCGCUGCCGCCAACAACAACAGGAGGCGAGCCCCCUCCCCAACGCCCAGCGACGCCAGCAGCGACAGCAGCUUCAGCAUGAGCGAGCCUUCGGACGAGGAGGUGGGUCUCGGCCUAGGCCUAGCUCCCGCGCCCGCACUCAGGUCGCGGCCCCGACCCCGGCCGAGCCAUGAUGACGGCGCCGACGCGGCCGAGUCUUUCAUCCGGCGCGGCGAGUGGAAGCGCCGGGGUAUCGUCUUUGUCAACUCAGGCUUCGAGCUGGCCGGAGAGGACGAGACUUUUGAGAUCUGA